GUCUGAUGUGAGGGAAAAUAUACUGUCAGUGCGCCAGAGAUCACUCGCGGGUCGUUGUCCUAUACCCCGCAGCCGGAGUCUCACGUCAGACAAGGAUAUCAGUAUCGUCAAGGCACCGGUCUAAACCACGACCCAAGCUCUCUAUUUCAAGCAGCGAACUGACGAGUAGGGUCGUACGGAGUAAGAUAGGUACUUUACCCGAAGGUGAUGAAGCCUGUAGUAAUCACCAGGCUGUGUAUCUAGCGAUUAGCAGUACUUGAUGCCCGAUUGGCUGGCCCCGGGAUCCCCAGGGGUGGCUAUCGAGAUCGCGUCCUGAUCCUAAUGUGCCUGUCGCCAUACCUACCUCCGGUGCCACGGCCGAACUGUUUCCGGAGGCAAUGGGGGUAUAAGCCUGUGUAACACAGCCCUAACGGCAUAUACAGACCAGAACCAAAUCUCAGGGUAAGGUGUGCUCAUUUGGCCGGCUAAACCACCCAUAUCCAACUGCGAAGAUGGCCGCCGACGCCCUUACCCCUAACGACAGCAGGGUCGAGCACAAGUUCCUUCCCAUCGGUCAAUUCGUCUACCAUUACAUGCUCGCAAAGCCAAAGGGUGACCCCAUCGCCACCGUCGUCCUCAUCCAUGGCUGGUAAGGCCGCCCGAGUCUCUCUGCAUCUCACAGUUCGCCGCUAACACUUUCGCACACAGGCCUGACCUAGGAAUGGGAUGGCGCUACCAGGUUCCUUUUCUCGUCGCCUUGGGCCUGAGAGUCAUCGUCCCGGACAUGCUGGGUUACGGACAGACGUCGGCGCCGGAGUCGGCCGAGGAGUACACGAUGAAGAAGAUGACGGCGCACAUAGCCGCCGUCAUCAAGGCCAACACGGACGCGCCCGUCAUCCUGGGCGGCCACGACUGGGGCGGCGCCUUCGUCUGGCGCAUGGCCAUGUACUACCCGGAGCUCGUCGCGGCGGUGUUCUCGUUCUGCGUGCCGUACACGCCUCCGUCGGCGGUGCUCGUCGCGGCGGAGGAGCUCGUCCGGCGCGUGCCCACGUUCCGCUACCAGCUGAUCCUGGCCAGCGGCGCGGUCGAGGCCGCGGUCGGCACGGCGCCCGCCAAGGUGGCCGCCUUCCUGCACGGGAACUUCGGCGGCACCACGCCCGAGGGCGAGAUGGUCUUCACGCCCGAGCACGGCGUCCACGCCGACCGGCUCGACCGGGUGCGCGCGUCGCCGCUGGUCGGCGCCGACAUGGUCCGCCACUACGCCGCCGAGUACUGCCGCAGCGGCCUGCGCGGGCCCUGCAACUGGUACCGCACGCGCGAGCUCAACGGCCGCGACGAGCUGCCCAUCGCCGCCGACUACGCCCGCUUCCGCUUCGGCGUCCCCGCCAUGAUCGUCAUGGCCGAGAAAGACAUCGUGCUCGUGCCCUCGCUCGCGGACGGCCAGGAGAAGUACUUCUCGGCGGGCCUCAAGAAGGAAGUCGUCCCGGACGCGUCGCAUUGGGUCUUGGUCGAGAAGCCGGACGAGGCGAACAGGCACCUGGGGGAUUUCAUCGCGAGCGUGCUUGCCGGCGGUGUCAAGCCGUCGUAGGCCCGGAGUCUUACCUACAUGUCCGCUCGGCCCCGUGAGUUGUAACCUUCAAGAGUAGCUAGAAAUAAAAGUCAGCACUAUUUCUGCUGGCUGCGUCUUGUUAUCGCAUCCUGGUCGUUUUUGUUACCCCCCUCCCCGCCC